AUGUGGUUCAGUUUAAUAUUAAUAAUUCAUUGUAUUUUGAUUACAACUGGUCAAUAUAAAAGUCUUUUUGAUUAUGAAUGUGAAACAAACUUGAAUUGUACGAAUCAUUUGGCUAAUUCGAUAUGUUUUAAUAAGAAAUGUAUAUGUCAAUUUGGAUAUAAAUUAGGUGGAUGUAUAGUAGAAAAAAAUGAAUUACGUUAUCGUCGACAAAUUAAUUAUGAAAAUAUAGGUACGAGAAUGUUGGGUGAAGAAUGUGACUGGAGUAGUCAAUGUCGUCAAAUGUCGAUUGAUAACACAAAAGUAUGUUUUGCACAUAAAUGUCAAUGUUCGCAAGGUUAUGUACCUAUUGAUGCUCAUCGAUGUGUACGAGACUUCGUAUUAUUACCGUUAAAUAUACGAGUUACAAAAUCAUAUCAAGAGCCAUCAUCGGGAUAUGGUUCAACAUGUUCGAAAAAUAUUGAUUGUCACCAGACUAGUUUUCAUCUAGAAUGUAUUCAAGGAAUAUGUGUAUGUUUAGAAGGUUAUGUACUGUUAGGAAAAAAUGUAUGUUAUAAUACUCGUGGACAAGGAGAUUCAACUGAAAUAUCUACUCCAUUCAGUACAACAUCAACAAAUCAUCCAGUAAAUAAUGAAGUGAUUAAAUCAUUAGGUAAAAUUGGUAAUACAUGUAUAAAUGAUUAUUUUUGUCGACAAGCUGUAUCUCAAUCUCAUUGUUAUAAUGGAAAAUGUGCAUGUGUCGAUGGUUAUAUACCAAUUGAUCAAUAUUCUUGUAUAAAAGAUAUGUAUAGAGAUACAACAAUAAAAUCAACACCAAUACCAGUUAAUUAUAAAAGUCUAUUAGGAGGAAAAUGUUUAACCAAACGUAAUUGUCAUACGCCAAAUGCAGUUUGUUUAUUUUCUAUUUGUGCAUGCCCAAAAGGUUAUUUUCCUGUGGAUGAUUGGACAUGCUUGGAAGAACCGGAAUCAUCUGAUGAAGAAUUAAUUGAAGCAACGUCUGUCAUAUCAACAACAACAAUGAUAACAACUACAAAAAUGACAACAUUUUCUACAACAAGUACCUUUCGUUGGUGGCCAUGGUCACCAACAACAACAACAUUUUCUACAACAAGUACAUUUCGUUGGUGGCCAUGGUCACCAACACCAACAACAUUUUCUACAACAAGUACAUUUCGUUGGUGGCCAUGGUCACCAGCACCAACAAUUCGUACAGCAUAUCCGAAUAUGGAAAAUACAUUUAGUGUUCGUUGUUUACUUAAUCGACAAUGUGUUAGUAUGGAUAAAAAUUCUCAUUGUACAUUUCUUGGACGAUGUAUAUGUAAUCGAGGUUAUAUAUUAAAAAAAGCAAAUAGAGGACAAUAUUGUAUUCCACGCAUAAUAAAUGAAGAAGAUUGUGACUAG